CGAAUCGAUUUCCUCUUCCUUUCUUCAUUCUUCAGCGAAGCUUAACGCCCGUCAGCUGUGUGCUCGCUCGGAUUGAACGUCAAGUCAGAGUUGGCUUUGGCCUGGUCUCUCAGCCCUUUACUGCUAUUAUUUUUCUACUGCUAAGUGUAAUCAAUUAGGAUAACUUUUAUGAACGUUACGAUUGCCCCAAAUUAAACAGCUUAAAUUUCGCAUAGGUACCAAUUAAUUUAAGACUGUAAAUUUCGUCAUAUAUUUAAAGGCAAUUUGUGGAUAAAUAUAUGACACUAGCUUAAUUAAUUGUUAAGUGAUAUAAAUUUAGAACAAAAACUUCUAAGAACUAAGUGAUUCUCCGUGAAUUUUAAUUCUACCACGCUGCCAUUAUGCGCCGCCAUUUUGUAUCGGCCGCUCAGGGCGUGGCACACUAUUAGCAGUCCUGUUGUGAUUCAUGACCAAGCAUAUUUUAUUACAAUGCCUCGUAUUGAUCCUGUUCAGUUACUCAACUGCCUGAGUGUACUUUUGUCACCUAGUGGGGGAAUAAAGAGUAGAAAUGAAGUUCAAAGGCUCGCUGGCUUGAUGACAAAGUUCUCAAAAAAGCUUGUUUCAAAGUGUAUUUACAUACAAAUCCUCAAAUGCACCGAAACAGAUCUAUUAGGAUUAUUCAUGGGUUCAGGAGGCUGGUUAUUAGUUCACAUGUGGUUAACAGAGAGUAUAGUUGCUAAAAAUUGGCCUUUGGUUAAGGAGCUUUUAGAGCUUUUGUUGUUAUGCCCAGUUGAUAUAGACCGAUUAAAGACUAAUAACUGUCCAAAAUUAGUAAAGGAGUUGUCAAAGGAUGGAAACCAUUUUGCAAUAAGAGCAUUGGCUUCCAAAUUAGUCGAACAAUGGCUUAAAACAGUAAAAGGAGAGCCUGUUGUACCUGUUCAGGAAGCUGAAAUAGCUCAAAUAAUUUCAAACGCGCAAGCCGAGUGGUGUAAAGCUGAAAUGAAAUCUAAAUUGGACGAUGACAAUACAGAAAAAAACAAUACAUUAGACAUCAAAACAGAAAAGACAAAUCCAGAUGCCGAUGAGGAUGUGAAAUCCCCUAAAUCAGAAAUUAUUUCUAAUUCAGUUGUGAAAAGUGAAGAAGGUCUUAAAAAAGAAAACACAGAGCCUGAAGGGGAGAAAGAGACAUUACCAGUCCUGAAAAUAUCAUUGAAGGAAGGAAAGCAAAUAAUAUCACAAUUAGACGAGGAAGAAACGAAGGAAGAAUCUGUAUCUGAAAAUUCUAAGGAGAAACACAAAAGUAAAAGCAAAGAUAAAUCUAGUGAUAAAAAUAGCAUUACAUCUAAAUCUAGUUCUUCUAAACAUUCGAGCAAAUCUCAUUCAUCGUCUUCGUCUGAUAAACAUAAAAGCAGUCAUCGAAGUAGCAGUUCUAGUAGUAGUAAGAUUAAAGAUAGUAAUCAAAAAGAUAAAGAUAAACAUUCUUCUCACAGAUCUAAAAGUGAAAGCAGAAAAUCCAGUGAUAAGUCUAGUUCAACGAGUAAAGACAAAGAUGAGCGAAGUAGUAAAUCCGAUAAAAAUAAAAAUAGAGAUAAAGAAAAAGAUAAAGAAAAGAGUCAAGAGAAAGACCAAAAUAAAAAUAAACUUGAUAAGAAUGAUAAAAAUAAGGAUUCACCGAAAACUGUAAAUGAAAAAUCGGAAGAUACACAACCUCCAUCUAUCCACAAAUUAGGAAAAAUCCCUAAAUUGUCGGAGCUCAAGAAAGAAAAACCCUCAAUAUCUAUCGAAGUUCGGAAACCUGAUGAACCUAAACCGAAAACAGUCAAAACAUUCCAUUCGAAGUUUAGAAAACAUGGAUUGGAAGAGGAAGUGAAACCACCACCAUCCCGUGCGACACUUUUAAAUAAAAAAGUAGCUCCUGUAUUACCUCCGACUGUACCAAUACCAAAAAGACCUUCUCCUGUACAUAAUGAAUCUCCCCCGGAAAAGAAACUUAAAGCAAUUGAGCCAUUAGAAAAACCAGGAUCUAUUAAACUAAUUCCUGCUAAACCGAAGCCGAUGAUGCUCUUGGAGAGUGAUAUGUUUAUGGACGCGCUUAAUGCUUCUGCAACAAACAAAAAAGAACCCAAGAAAAGAAAACGAAGAACAAGUGGAUCGAAAGAUGGGAACGCUCCGAAUGAUGGCUCACCUCCAAAUACUCCUACUAGCAUUACUAGUCCGAACAGCGAAAGUAAGUCUGUUCCUCCACGAUUCUACCAAGACACAUUAGAUACAGAAGAAAAUAAAGAAAAGUCUUCUGUACAAAGUCCCGUAACAAAAGAUAAUACAGACACAGAAACGAAUAAGGAACCAGAAGAGCCUAUGGAUACUGUGGAGCCUCAUACUUUAACUAUAAAUGGACUUAAAGGCGUUUUAUGCUAUCAUAAAAGAAAAGGACCCAAAAAGAGUAUAAAGUGGAAACCAGAUUCUGAGUUAGAAGAAGUUCAAUACUUUGAACUCGAUGAAACAGAAAGAGUAAAUGUUACCAAAACAUUUACCGACAUGAAGUAUUUGGAAAGGAUUAAUGAAAGAGAAGCUUUCCAAAAAGCGAGAAAUCUCAGUACUGAUGACAUUAUGGAAGAAAAAACUAGUUGGAGACCUCUUAUCCCGAUAGAUUUAGAUGGUCAAAUACAGGUUGAACAUGGUAAAAACAGCAAAGAGAAAGAUAUUCAAGCCUUAAGGCAAAAGGGAACUUUACAACCACUUUAUUUCCAUAAAUCUAUGAUACCAGACUCUCCUUUUGAACCUGAUACAGAAACACACACUUACGCAGAACCUACCAUAAUACCAUUAGAAGACAUAACAGGAAAUCAAGAUAACAUAAGUGAUUUUAGAAAUAUGCCAUGGCCGGAACCAAAAGGAAAUGCGCCACCUCCUUCUAGUAACAUUACUAUGCCUACUAUAUUUCCACCCAACAUUGCUCAAUUUCCUAACGGUUUCCCUAAUCCACAGUUUCCUGGCGUUGCAGGAUUUCAAGGGCCUAUGGUUCCCCCAGAUUGGCAAAAUGGAGUUCCGCCUCAUCUAAUUGGUAGUGGUAUGCCAGGUCCCAUGAAUUCGGCACCACUGACUCCAGGAGCUAUACCUCCUGGGAAUGUUCCCCCAGGAAUGAUGAUUCCAUCAGAAAAUAUGAUGAUGACUCCCGAUAUGUUUGGUGGCCCCAAUCCAUUGUUUCCUGUGCCCCCAGAAGGGUUUAAUAUGCAACAAAAUAUGUUUCCAAUGGAUUUCAAUAUGCCUGGUCCACAGGGACCUGGUCCCGAAAGUUUUCCUGGACCAGGCAAUUUCCGUGGUGCAAUGCGUGGAGGUCGUGGAGGUCAUUGGCGCGGAAAGAAUAAUAGCAACUGGGAAGGUGAACCUCAACGUGGAAGAGGAGGGCACACGCGCGGUAGUCGAAAAGCCAUUUGUAUAUAUUUCAAAAGAAAAGGUUCAUGUCGUCACGGUGAUAAUUGUUCCUUUUUACACAUUGGUGCAAAUAAUCCAUACUGAAUAUUGGAAUAGAACGUAAGUUACGUAUUGCGUAAACAAAUAUUAGUGCAAAUAGGUAAUGUGCUUGUAUAUUAUGUAUGUAAAGUAUCUUGAAUCAAUUCUCACACUUGAGAACCAAUGAAAUCCAAAUAAGUGCGCAGUGCGAAAAUAAUGAACUGAAUUUGUAUAGUGUACUUUGCGCUACUUUUGUUUUUCGCGCUGGUCGCAAAUCCAUGUUGAAUUAAAUUUUUCAGUUGUUAACGAUGUAUAGUAUUUUAAUUAGUUUAGCUAUAGUUAAGACUCGAAAAGACUGAA